AUGGAGAUUUCCGCCGAUCCAGCGGCCUUUGCUGAGAAGGGCUUUGUGAUCCUCCAGGAGCUCAUACCGCGGGAGCUGUGUGAAGCGCUGAACAGCCGUUUGGAAUGUCUUUUGAACGGCGACUACGACCUGGGCGUGGCGCCCAAAAAGGUGCCCGGAGCCAAAGAGCUGCGGCGCUUUCAGUCCGGCGGUGCCAAGGUGACCACCUUGAGGGUGGUGGAUGCCUGGAAAGCAGAUGCCGUGUUCCACCAAGUGGUGACUUCGCGUCAGCUGGGCCAGUUGGCAGCUAGCCUGGGUGGAUGGUCUGGUGCGCGCGUGGCCGAAGAUCAGGUUUGGAUCAAGCCGCCCGGCGCCGGACCGUUGGUUUUCCAUCGGGACUCACCCUACUUUGAUUUUGAGCCGGACGAUGUCAUCACGAUCUGGAUCGCCUUAGAUGACAUGACCAUGGACUUGGGACCCCUCGAGUACGUUGUGGGUUCUCACCGAUGGGGUGGACGACGUGGCACGGCCGCGCAAUUCUUCGAUGCAUCACAUCGGCAGCUGAUGGAAGAUGCAGCGCGCCAUGAGGGGAUCCAUCCGAAUGAGAUUGAUGUGGUGCCAGUGCUGGUGCCACAGGGCGGCGCAGGUUGCCACAAUGGACGCUUGUGGCAUGGCAGUGGACCAAACCAAUCAAAGAGAUGCCGCCGAGGCCUAGGUAUUCAUUUUGUGCCUGAAAAAGUCCGACUGUGGAUGAAGCCUGACUUCAAGCUCUUGGAAGAGACGCAGCAAGAACUCAUCGAUAUUCAGGAUCAAGAUUAUCCUGUUACAUAUUGCGAAGCUUGCAUUGAGAAGAAAUUUCUUUAA